GUGCCCGUCGCUCGCUCACGAUUGGCCGACUGAACAACGGCGACGAAAUUUCAAACCAGCUCGUCCCUCGGUGUGUUGUUGAGGGAAGCGUGUUUAACGUUUGCUAGUGGGCUAGUUAGUGUCGGGGUGUUUAGUAGUAAGCGGUCGACAUUAGUAGCAAGGCAAAAUGGCUUGCUAGGCGUUUAAAAAAAAAAAAAAAAAAAACUAACUGCGUAACGCGUGGCCAGCUUUUCAGUAAAAAUGACUGAAACGGUGACUUCAACGCGGGGAGGAUUUUUGGACUAUAGUCCGGCAAAGAGGGGCGACGCGAACAAGGAGAAUAAUGUACCGGUUUUGAGUUUGAUCCAGUUCUCGAAGGCUCCCUUUGUCACAUUUGGAACCGUGAAGUUGGGGACCUCCAAGUCGGCUGUCCUGCGAAUCGACAACCCUACAGAGGACGCGGAAGCGGAGGUCACUGUCGAAAAGAUCCCCUCUAGUAAAGGCUUUUCCCUGGACCACAACACGUUCACGAUUCAGCCCGAGGGCUCCUUCAGUUUGACAGUAACCUGGACCCCAACAGAGGAAGGCGGGAUCAGGGAGCUCAUCGUCUUCAAUGCCAAUGGGGUCCUCAAGCACCAGGCUGUUCUGCUGGGAAGAGCAGAAGCACCAAAGAAGAAAAAGAAAAGCUUAUGGGACACGAUCAAAAACAAAAGGGAGGGUGAAAAAGUAGCUGCCCCUAGGGGGAAGAAAAUGGAGCCCCCCCUGAAGAUGGCAGCCAAUAAAACCUUCCAAGUGUCCCGAAGGCCUCAGUACAAACGGGACAAGCCACGCAGCCCACUUGCUUCACUCAAUGAGGGCAAAGCUGUCAGAGAGAGGUCCCUCACGAAGCACAGCCCCGCUGACGAUCCCCUCCGGAAAUCAGAGGAGCAGAAGGCUUUAAAUCCCAAACCGAGGCAACAGUCUCUGACCUUGUCAGACCAGGAGAAUAUCCAACACAUUCAGAGGAACUCUCCUGUUGUCCUACUUGUCCCGGCCGUAAAGAUGAUCGACUCCGGCAGCACGUCUGCCAGCCCAGACGCCCCGGGGAGCAAACCUGGAAACAAAGAUUUUACCAAAAUCCUUAACAGGACUUGUUCACCUGUCGGGACACCAGAGAGGUUUAAGAAACUCAUUCCUCGUAUUCAGUCAGGAAGCCCAGUUCCUGACUCUGUAAAGUCUGCGGCUGAUGCCGAUGAUUCAAACAGCGAGUUAACUAGAACCCCGGUUCUGUCUUUGAAAGAUGCACUGGCCCUCAUUGACUCUGACCUGAGCCACAUUAUCACCAGUCCUCAAGACACUAGUUCUAGCUGUGACUUUUCAGAUUCACUGGAAUCCAGGAGCGGGAGUCGUGGCUGCGGAUCCGACAGAAACGCCCUCAAAGCGUUAACCGAUAGCCCAGAGCUGUCAGAGUCAAACGAGCCGAGACUGACUUUCUUUGUCAGCAAAAAGGGUGUUGUGAAUGAGGUUGUUGUUUCAGAGUCGGAGGCUGGUAAGGCUACGGAAAUGGUGAAAAAGGCCUCCUUUACCUCCGCCACAGUGACCAAGAGCAAAGCACCGGUGGAGGAAAGCAGUUUGAGUGGAAGGAAAAUAAAGAAGUCGAGGCGAAGGCUCUUGGAGAAAACACUCGAGCUGUCUGACAGCGGCAGUCAGUGUGAGUCAGGACCGUGCACUCCAAAACUCCCCGUCAUAGGUACGGGCGCAGGAACUAAGGGAUGGCAGAACCCUGACGGGACCGGCCUACUGUGCGACAACACGCACGGAGUCCCGGAGUUUACCUCUUCCAGCCCGACUCCACGCCUCUACGGCUCAGCUACACCCAUCACAUUCCCGGUCACCUCCCCUCCGCUUAUGGCUCCCACUCGCUUCUCGUUCUCAGUCACCUCCCCACCACCCGCAGCCCCUGCUUCCGGAGCUUUUACGGUCGCCUCUCCGUCGCCCCUGGGCUCACCCUCUCCCCUUCACCCCAACCCCUCAUCAGACCCUAACGUGCACGAGCACUCCCCAACCGUUUCUGCUCCUCCUUGCGUUCAGGAAGACCCAUUUCCCAUUCACAUGGCAGUGAAGAGCAAGAAGAGGAAGAGCGAGGAGUAUCUGAAGAGUGAUGCAAAAGUAGAGGAUGUCGGGAAAACCGACAGGGUCAAGAGGAGCAAGGUGCUGGCUGGAAAAAUUCCGACCUCAAGAUCAGCGCAGGAGAGGAGAAGUGCAUCGCAGAGGCAACAGCAGAGAACAGCAGGCUCAGUGCGCUCAAUAACUACAUCCUCUCUAAAGAGCAGAAGGUCUGCUGUUCCUGCCCAGGCAAAGCAAUCAAGCUCCAGAGUCCCCUCACGAGAUGCUCCGUCUCUGAAGUCAUCCGGUGCUUCAUCCGUGAAGACGGCAAAAGUUGUUGCCGUGGCGCAGUCAAAGCUGACCUUUAUUAAGCCGGCACAAACGGCCAUACCCAGGCACCCGACGCCGUUUGCCGCCAAGAACAUGUUCUAUGACGAGAGGUGGAUUGAGAAGCAGGAGACGGGUUUCACUUGGUGGAUCAACUACGUCCUCACCCCAGAUGACUUUAAAGUCAACACCGAAGUUGCCAAAGUGAGUGCUGUGUCCCUUACCAUGGCGAACGACGACAGCUUCAGCGUGCCCAAAGCUCCCACCAAAGAGGAGAUGUCCUUCAGCACCUACACGGCUCGACGGAAGCUAAACCGCCUCCGUCGUUCUGCCUGCCAGCUGUUCACUUCCGAGGCCAUGGUCAAGGCCAUUCAGAGGCUCGAACUGGAGGUGGAGGCCAAGCGGCUGCUCGUGCGGAAAGACCGCCAUCUUUGGAAGGACAUAGGUGAACGCCGAAAAGUCCUUAGCUGGCUUCUUUCGUACAAUCCGCUGUGGUUACGGAUAGGGCUUGAGACGAUCUACGGGGAGUUGAUCUCCCUCGAGAGCAACAGUGACGCCCUGGGUCUGGCUGUGUUCAUCCUGCAGCGGCUGCUCUGGAACCCCGACAUUGCUGCUGCGUUCAGACACCCCAAAGUGCCUCACCUUUACAAAGACGGCCACGAGGAGGCGCUCUCCCGCUUUACGCUGAAGAAGCUGCUCCUGCUGGUGUGUUUCCUGGACAAAGCCAAAGAGUCCCGGCUGAUUGAGCACGACCCCUGUCUUUUCUGCGUGGACGCAGAGUUCAAGAUGAGUAAAGACCUGCUCCUGGCCUUCUCCAGGGACUUCCUGAGCGGAGAAGGAAUCCUUCCCCGGCACCUUGGCUACCUCGGGUUACCCGUCUCCCACGUUCAGACGCCCCUGGACGAGUUCAACUUCGCUGUGAAGAAUUUGGCAGUUGACUUGAAAUGCGGCAUUCGUCUAGUGCGUGUAAUGGAGCUCCUCAUCCAGGACUGGAGUCUGUCGGCGAAGCUCCGCCUGCCAGCCAUCAGCCGCCUGCAGAAGGUCCACAACGUCGACGUCGCCCUGCAAGUGCUCAAAAGCAAAGGGGUCGACCUCAAGGAUGAACACGGCUGCGCCAUUGAUUCCAGAGAUAUUGUGGAUGGACACAGAGAGAAGACAUUGAGCCUCUUGUGGAAAAUCAUCUUCGCAUUUCACGUGGAGGCGGUUCUGGACGAGGAUCAGCUGAGAGAGGAGAUUGGAUUCCUCAAGAGAACCUUGAGGACCAAACGGAGACUGGUGUCCCUGAGGGCAGAUCGGGGGCUUCAGCCGAGUCCUGCGAAGACCAGGGUGCCAUACGAGCACGGCAGCACCAAGAUUACCCUGCUGAUGGACUGGGUCCGCGCUGUGUGUGACUUCUACAAUCUGAAGGUGGAGAACUUCACCGUGACGUUCUCGGAUGGCCGCAUCCUCUGCUACCUUAUCCACCACUACCACCCCAGUCUCCUGCCAGGGGAGGCUGUCAGUCACAGCACCACACAGACCGUCGACUGCUCGCUGAGGGGCCGCCUGGAGCUCAGCUGCUCAGCCAGUGACUCCGACAGCUCCUUUGACUCCUUGCCGACAGGCCUCCACGGCCCGGAUUCUCCCUCAGUAGAAUUUAAAGAGCUCCUGGAAAAUGAGAGAAACAACUUCAGACUGGUCAACACUGCUGUGGCUUUCCUGGGCGGGGUUCCUGCCAUGAUCAACCCAGCUGACAUGUCCAACACCAUCCCCAACGAAAAGGUUGUGAUGUCUUACCUGACCUUCUUAUGUGCUCGUCUGCUGGACUUGCGGAAUGAAACCAGAGCAGCCCGGGUCAUACAGGGCGCCUGGAGGAAAUACAGACUAAAGAAAGAUCUACAGCUCUACAAGGAAAGAAACACGGCUGCUUUGAAAAUCCAGUUAGUCGUGAGGAGCUUUCUCCAGAAGCGCAGAGCUAAGAGGCAGAGUCGAGCCGCUGUUGUCAUCCAGUCAGUCUGGAGGGGCUAUGUAGCCCGCAACAGGCUGAGGCUGAAGAAAGAGGCUCAACUUCGGGCUCUGCAGCAUCAAGCCGCAACUGUAAUCCAGGCUCAGUGGAGGAUGUUUUCGGCUACGAGGGCUUACCAUCGCCUCAGAUACUACACCAUUGUCGUCCAAGCGCAGUGGCGAAUGAGGAGGGCGGCCUCUGCUUAUGGACGAAUCUACCGGGCAGCAACGGUCCUUCAGAAGCACUCACGAGCAUGGGCUCUUGCAAGAAGAGAUCGUGAAUGUUAUCUCUCCCUUAGAACUGCAGCGGUGACAUUACAGAGAGUGUACAGAAGAUGGAAAGCCCGGAAAACAAAAAAGGAAAACUGCGCUGCCAAAGUGAUACAAGCUGUGUUUAAGAAAUGGUACGAGGAAAAAAUGGCCAUAAAAACUGCCGCUGCUGUAAGGAUUCAAUCUUGGUACAGAAUGCAGAGGAGUCUCCAUCAAUACAGAAAUGUCAAAAGAAGCAUUGUGCUCAUUCAAGCUCAGUACAGAGGUCAUGCACAGAGGCGCUGCUUUAAGAUGUUGAAGCUACAGCACCAUUCGGCUGUUGUCAUCCAGAGUGCCCUCAGAGGGCACGCUGUCAGGAACCAGGUGGCAAAGAUGAGAUGUGCUUCGGUCGUUAUUCAGCGCCGGUUCAGGGCAACUGUGAAAAGAGACGUGGAAAGGCAAAUGUUUGUGAGGACGAGACACGCUGCUGUCACCAUACAGGCAGCUUAUCGUGGACAAGUGGCUCGGGAGUUGCUGAAAAAACAGCGGAAUUCUGCCACGGUGAUCCAGGCAGCUUUUAGGAAGUACACUGCCCAAAGGCGGUACCUUGUCUUGAGAAAAGCUGUAGCUGUGAUUCAACGGAAGUACAGAGCCACAAUUUUGGCUCGUAAGACAAUGAAAGAUUUCGAAGCUCUUAGGAAUGCUGCCCUCAUUAUUCAAGCUACCUGGAGAGGCAGAGCUGACAGGAAGAGGAUAGAGAAGCAGCAUCGGUGUGCAACUCUGAUACAGGCGUACUACCGUCGGCACAAAGCGCAGGCAGGGUACAGGCCAAAGAAAGCGGCAGCGGUAGUCAUACAACGUCACUACAGAGCCUAUGUAGCUGGAAAGGAGGCGAGAAAAGCGUACCUAUACGAGAGGGCAGCCUGUGUUACUCUCCAAGCUGGAUUCAGAGGCAUGAGAGUUAGGACGGAGCUCAAGAAAAAGCACCAGGCAGCAACCAUCAUUCAGUCUUCAGUUAGAAUGUUUUUAUGUAGGAAACAAUAUUUUCUCCUUCAGAGUGCAUCAAUUAUCAUCCAAAGUCGAUACAGAGCUCUCCUGCUCUGCAGAACACAGCAAAAUGAGUACAGAGAGCUGAAGCUGGCCGCCAUAAAGAUACAAGCUCUCUACCGGGGAUUUAGAGUAAGAGAAGACCUAAAGAAGAGGCACAACGCUGCCACGUCAAUCCAAGCUCAGUUCAGGAUGCACAGAAUACGUAUGGCUUAUCUUGCCACAAGGUGCGCUGCCAUUAUUAUUCAGGAACGCUACAGAGCCAAAAGGCUCAGGGAUCAACAGCUGCAGACGUACAAAACAAUGAAAACUGCCGCCGUAGCCAUCCAGGCAGCAUAUCGUGGACACAUGGCCAGGAGGACGGUUGCAGAGAUGCACCGAGCUGCUACAGUCAUUCAGAGAAAGUUCCACACAAUCCGAGGUAGAAAUAGGUUUCUAGCUAUCAAGGCGGCAGCUUUGGUUUGUCAGCAGAGGUACAGAGCAGUGAACCUGGCAAGGAAAGACCGCCUGGACUAUCUGUCAAAGCGCAGGGCAGCCAUUUGUCUGCAGGCAGCCUACAGAGGACAUAAGGUCAGAGAGCAGCUGCGUAUCCAGCACACGGCAGCUGUAACAAUUCAGUCUCGCUUCCGAAAGUACCAGCAGAGAACCUACUACAAGAAGCUGUACUGGGCUGCUAAUGUGUUGCAGUCGCGUUACAGAGCCAAUAAAAAAAUGAGAGACGAGAUGCAUACCCUGAGUGCCAAGAGAAAAGCCGCUGUUGUCUUACAGGCUGCAUAUCGUGGAAUGAAAUCCAGAAGAAUCGUCAAACAAAGUCACCAGGCUGCCAGUGUUCUCCAGAGAGCUUACAGAGCCUACUCCGAACGCAAGCAGUAUCUGAAAUUGAAAUUGUCCGUCCUCACCAUUCAGCGAAAAUAUCGGGCAGCUGCAGCAGCUACAGCACAAAGAACACAAUACCUGAAAAUGCGCAGAGCAGCCGUCGUCCUUCAGGCAGCAUACAGAGGGCGGCAGGUCAGGAAAGAAGUCGCUGGUUGGCAUCAGGCUGCAAUCGUGAUCCAGUCUGUAUUCAGAAAGCACAGAGAGGAAGUCAAAUUCCAGGCCAUGCGGCUGUCCGCCAUUGUCAUCCAGAGAUCCUAUCGGGCCCUUGUUCUUCAGAGGCAAGACAGAGAGAACUUCCUGAAAAGGAGACAUUGCGCUGUUGUUCUUCAGGCAGCUUUCAGGGGUCAUCGUGUGCGACGCAACAUCGCCAAGAUGCACAGGGCAGCCACUGUGAUUCAAGCAAACUUCAAGAGGCAUAAGCAGCAGUCGGCCUUCAGGAGACAGCGCUGGGCAGCCGGUGUCUUACAGCAGAGGUUUAGAGCUCAGAGACAGAGAAACGUUGAGAUAAAACAUUAUCAAGAGGUUAGGAAAGCUGUCAUUUAUCUACAAGCUACCUUCCGUGGAAUGAAAUCCAGAAGAAUCGUCAAACAAAGUCACCAGGCUGCCAGUGUUAUCCAGAGAGCUUACAGAGCACAUUGUGAGCACAAGCAGUACCUUGCCUUAAAAUCCUCCGUCCUCACCAUUCAGCAGAGGUAUCGAGCCACUGUAGCAGCAAAGGAACAAUUGCAAAAGUACCAGAAAAUGCGCAGAGCAGCCGUCGUCCUUCAGGCAGCAUACAGAGGGCGGCAGGUCAGGAAAGAAGUCGCUGGUUGGCAUCACGCCGCCACUGUGAUCCAGUCUGUAUUCAGAAAGCACAGAGAAGAAGUCAAAUUCCAGGCCAUGCGACUGUCCGCUAUUGUCAUCCAGAGAUCCUAUCGGGCCCUUGUUCUUCAGAGGCAAGACAGACAAAACUUCCUGAAAAUGAGACAUUGCGCUGUUGUUCUUCAGGCAGCAUACAGAGGGCGGCAGGUCAGGAAAGAAGUCGCUGGUUGGCAUCAGGCUGCAAUCGUGAUCCAGUCUGUAUUCAGAAAGCACAGAGAAGAAGUCAAAUUCCAGGCCAUGCGGCUGUCCGCCAUUGUCAUCCAGAGAUCCUAUCGGGCCCUUGUUCUUCAGAGGCAAGACAGAGAGAACUUCCUGAAAAGGAGACAUUGCGCUGUUGUUCUUCAGGCAGCAUACAGAGGGCGGCAGGUCAGGAAAGAAGUCGCUGGUUGGCAUCAGGCUGCAAUCGUGAUCCAGUCUGUAUUCAGAAAGCACAGAGAGGAAGUCAAAUUCCAGGCCAUGCGGCUGUCCGCCAUUGUCAUCCAGAGAUCCUAUCGGGCCCUUGUUCUUCAGAGGCAAGACAGAGAGAACUUCCUAAAAACGAGACAUUGCGCUGUUGUUCUUCAAGCAGCUUUCAGGGGUCAUCGUGUGCGAAACAACAUCGCCAAGAUGCACAGGGCAGCCACUGUGAUUCAAGCAAACUUCAAGAGGCAUAAGCAGCAGUCGGCCUUCAGGAGGCAACGCUGGGCAGCCGGUGUCUUACAGCAGAGGUUUAGAGCUCAGAGACAGAGAAACGUUGAGAUAAAACACUAUCAAAACCACAGAAGAGCAGCCAUCGUGUUACAGGCUGCAUAUCGUGGAAUGAAAUCCAGAAGAAUCGUCAAACAAAGUCACCAGGCUGCCAGUGUUCUCCAGAGAGCUUACAGAGCCUACUCCGAACGCAAGCAGUAUCUGAAAUUGAAAUUGUCCGUCCUCACCAUUCAGCGAAAAUAUCGGGCAGCUGCAGCAGCUACAGCACAAAGAACACAAUACCUGAAAAUACGCAGAGCAGCCGUCGUCCUUCAGGCAGCAUACAGAGGGCGGCAGGUCAGGAAAGAAGUCGCUGGUUGGCAUCAGGCUGCAAUCGUGAUCCAGUCUGUAUUCAGAAAGCACAGAGAGGAAGUCAAAUUCCAGGCCAUGCGGCUGUCCGCCAUUGUCAUCCAGAGAUCCUAUCGGGCCCUUGUUCUUCAGAGGCAAGACAGAGAGAACUUCCUGAAAAGGAGACAUUGCGCUGUUGUUCUUCAGGCAGCCUUCAGGGGUCAUCGUGUGCGACGCAACAUCGCCAAGAUGCACAGGGCAGCCACUGUGAUUCAAGCAAACUUCAAGAGGCAUAAGCAGCAGUCGGCCUUCAGGAGACAGCGCUGGGCAGCCGGUGUCUUACAGCAGAGGUUUAGAGCUCAGAGACAGAGAAACGUUGAGAUAAAACAUUAUCAAGAGGUUAGGAAAGCUGUCAUUUAUCUACAAGCUACCUUCCGUGGAAUGAAAUCCAGAAGAAUCGUCAAACAAAGUCACCAGGCUGCCAGUGUUCUCCAGAGAGCUUACAGAGCACAUUGUGAGCACAAGCAGUACCUUGCCUUAAAAUCCUCCGUCCUCACCAUUCAGCAGAGGUAUCGAGCCACUGUAGCAGCAAAGGAACAAUUGCAAAAGUACCAGAAAAUGCGCAGAGCAGCCGUCGUCCUUCAGGCAGCAUACAGAGGGCGGCAGGUCAGGAAAGAAGUCGCUGGUUGGCAUCACGCCGCAACUGUGAUCCAGUCUGUAUUCAGAAAGCACAGAGAAGAAGUCAAAUUCCAGGCCAUGCGGCUGUCUGCCAUUGUCAUCCAGAGAUCCUAUCGGGCCCUUGUUCUUCAGAGGCAAGACAGACAAAACUUCCUGAAAAUGAGACAUUGCGCCGUUGUUCUUCAGGCAGCAUACAGAGGGCGGCAGGUCAGGAAAGAAGUCGCUGGUUGGCAUCAGGCUGCAAUCGUGAUCCAGUCUGUAUUCAGAAAGCACAGAGAGGAAGUCAAAUUCCAGGCCAUGCGGCUGUCCGCCAUUGUCAUCCAGAGAUCCUAUCGGGGCCUUGUUCUUCAGAGGCAAGAAAGACAAAAGUUUCUGAAAGUGAAACAAUCCACCAUCAUCCUUCAGGCAGCAUUUAGAGGCUGGUGUGUCAGGAGGGAAAUUAGCCGACAAAAUCAAACUGCCAUUGUGAUCCAGUCGCGCUGGAGAUGCUUAGUGCAGAGGCGUAUCUACCAAAGGAAGAGAGAGGCAGCUGUGACACUUCAGCGGAGGAUCCGGGCAGCGCAGCUCGGCAGGGUGGAGAGGAACAACUACACCCGAAUGAGGCAAGCUGCUGUCACACUUCAGACACACUGCCGAGCCUGGACUGCCAAACGAAAGGUACUAGAAGCCGCCAGGGCAGAGAGGAGGCUCCGUUUUACGUCAGCGAUCUUUCAUCAUCUCAGUGCCAUAAGGAUCCAGCGAGCUCUGAGAGCCCACUGGGCUCUGGAGUCGGCUAAAAGACAAAUCCAUUCUGUCAUCACAAUACAGCGAUGGGCGAGAGCGAGGCAGCAGAGGAGGCAGUAUCUGGAGGACAGGAGGAAGGUGGUUGUAGCCCAACGGGCAAUCAAGCGCUGGUUAGCCCGUCGCCACAAAGCUGCGUCCGUCAUCCAGCAGGCCGUCCGGAAAUUCCUCCGCCUCCGGCAGCAGGAGAGGGUUCAGCAGGGCAUUGUCAAAGCUCAGGCUCUGUGGAGAGGACACCGCUCCCGCCGACUGAACGACAAUCCCAAGGUGGUGAAGCUGAGACACCGCUUACGUGAAGUCUCCGCCUGCGUCCGCGAGGAGGACAGACUGUGCAACAAGACGUCGUGUGCACUGGACUACCUCCUUCGAUACAAACACUUCUCCUACAUUCUAGAGGCCCUGAAAAACCUGGAGACCGCCACCAGGCUGUCCCCAGAGUGCUGUGAGCGGCUGGUCGAGAGCGGAGCCACCAACAUCAUCUUCACCCUCAUCCGCUGCUGCAACAGGAGCGUCCCCUGCAUGGACGUCAUCACCUUCUCCAUCCAGAUCCUCCUCAACCUCUCAAAGUACCACAAGACUAUUGAGGCGGUGUAUUCGGUGGAAAACUCUGUGGAGACGCUGCUGGACCUGCUGCAGAGAUACCGGGAGAAGGCGGGGGAUAAAGUGGCAGAAAAGGGCGGCGGCAUCUUCACCAAGGCCUGCUUUCUUCUUGCUCUCCUGCUGCAAGACAAGCACCGUGCUGCGGAGGUUAUGAAGCUACCCAAGGCCUUGGAUAGGAUACGCAGCAUAUACCGGCUCACUGCUCGCAAACAAAAGAUGGACGCAGAGAGAACUGUUAUCAAACAGAAGAUAAACGCGUCGAUCAACGGGAGCUUCUAUGUCCAAGCAACGCCUCGAAAAUCCCGACCUGCGCCAAAGUUUGCGCCCGAUUGGGUUCUCAGAAAGGACAAGCUCAAAGACAUUGCGGACCCCCUCAGGGCCAUUCAAAUGGUCGCACACACGCUGUCCAUUGUGUUGUAAAUAGCCAAGCUUUUAAAUCUUGAUUCUUCAUCUCACUUUUUUUUUUUUUUCCCCUUGCUGAAAAUAUUUUUAUGUUUUUCUCUCAAUACAUUACCAAGUGCUCCAUGUAUAUAUUAAAAUGCAUUUGUUUCUUAAAGAUGGGCCAUGUAGCUUCAUGUAGCUUUCUAAUGUGUUUACCUUGUUUUCCUUGGCUAGAUUUCCAUAGGAGAUAAACCAGGUUGUUUUACCAGUAAUGUUUACACCUCUUGCUCCCGAGUUGCAGUUUUUUAGUAACACCACUAAAUGUAAUGUCAGCAUGCCAACAUGUUCGAGGUGACAAUGUUAACAUGCCGAUUUUUAGCAGGUAAUAUUUACCAUAUUCUCCAUCUUUACAUAGUGCGUUAGCAUUAAACAUUGCUAAUUAGCAGUAAAUGUAAAGUCCGGCUGAGGCUGAUGGGGAAAGCUGGUCUUGCAGUUCGAAAACCAAAGCAUUAGAUUAAAUUAUGAGGUAAAAGCGACGGGAUCACUAGAUUUGUUGCACUUCAAUCCUGAGGGCCGCAUGAAUGUGCGUAGCAGGAUUUAUGGCAACUAGCUGCGACAUUUCAGACAAAAGCACAAAUUUGAACCACAUGGUGGCGCUAGAGGAACCGUCAGGGC